CUUUCACUGUUUAAGGCCCCGUCCACACGUAUCCUCCUCGCGAAACGUCCCCAGCGGCGAAGAGCGAGGAGAAACGGAUGUUUUCGCAGGCUACGUGAAAUAUUGUUUUGAUAGAAAGACUUUGGUUGUAAUUAUUACAUCAAAAUGCUCUACUGUUCGACCGUGUGGUCUAAUACCUCAUCUAAGAACAUCCAAAAGCUGCAACUUAUUCAGAAUUUCGCCUGCAAAAUUAUCUGCGGCGCUCGGAAAUAUGACGACGUGACGCCAUUACUUGACGAACUCAACUGGCUUCCAGUUAGCAAGAUGCUCAAAUUCAGAGACGCUGUUAUGGCUUAUAAGUGUGCCAGCAAUUUAGCUCCUGAAUACCUAUGUGCUAAGUUUAAAAAACGAUCUUCUGUACAUAAUCGCACAACCCGUAAUAAUGAGAAGGUCGAAAUCCCAUUAUUCAGGUCAGCCACUGGCUAACGUACCUUCGCCUAUAGAGCAGUAUCCCUGUGGAACACGGUAGACGAAGACCUUAGAAACGCUACAGCUGUAAAGGCCUUUAAAAAAGCCCUGAAACUUAUAAUGAAUGAAUGAUCGAAUGACAGUUAGCAUUUAACAAUUAUUAGCUCGUUAGAUAUGGCUUGCAUUUAUAUUUGUAAAUAGGUACUGAAAAACCUUUUUUUUGGGAGUAUUUAUUAAAGUUUUAAUUUUAAUUUUUUAAUAACAGAAACCGGUUAAUUUUCAAUAAGACUGUCGGUGAAAAUUAAACUUUUAAUAGAGGGUGAAUUUACAAUGAAAAAGAUGGUAAACUAAUGCGAUAAACAGAUGUAUUGCCUUAAAGUUUCUUUCACCGCUUGCCUUACUUCUCUGAUCUUCCAACUGUAAAGCAACGGGUUAAGCGACGAGUUGAAAUACACUAAAGUAAUCGUUAGAUGCAAGACCGUUGAAGCCGUUUCUCCUACUUUAAAUGCCAGCAAUGCGACGGUUAUAGAGAACGGCAGAUAACAAACAACCAAUGCUAUCUGCACCCACAGUGAACUGUACAGUGCCUUUCUAUAUCGAGCUGUGUUCAGGGCAGCGGCUUGACUAGGUUGCCCUUGAAAAAUGUGGUUGUGUACUUGAUUUUGGUUAUGCCGAAGAGUGAUGAAAAUUUUUGUAUAUGAAAAAAAUGAGGUAACCAGGCAUACAAGAAAUACUGUGCCAUAGAGCCGUGAGUGAACAGGACUCAAAGGUUUCCAAAAGUGGAUUAAUGGGAAGACGAUGGACAAAAUCCACAUAACAGUUAUAAUGAUAUAUGUUCUCCUCAAAGUUAAAACUUGUCUAUAUCUCAGUCCAAGCAUUAGAGCGAGAAGUCUGUCCAAGCCUAAUGCAGUUAGUGUCAAUAUAGACACCGUAGUUACAAGGAAACCCGAGAGAGUAUUUGCCAAGGCUGUGUAAUAACAAAUAUUCCAUUUUUCGUUCACUAUCGAAAUCCACUGGGCGACCUUAAGAGGUCCCACAAUGAUACCAACACAGAGAUCAGUUAUCGCUAGAUUACGAUACAGGAGUUUGGACGGCGGAUGAAGUGAAGAUACUUUCUUUAGAGCAACUUGAAUCAGAGUGUUCCCCAGAAAUGCAGCAGCAGAAAAAAAGACAUUUAUUGCUGAAAGAAAGAUCAGCUCACCAUGUGCUCUUCUUGAAAAUUCUGCCAAGCAGGACAGUUCUUCAUAUGUCUUUUGGUUCAGUUCAUAUUCCGUAAAAUUGCUUAGUGCUGCGCACAUUUCCGUCUGGUUGCAAGAUGAACUGACUACCUACAGUAUAGUACAGUUAAAAUCCUCCAAGACUGGUAAAUCUGUUACCAUGGAGUUGCACUGGCGACUACACGGUCGACCAGUGCAGCUAAACCAAUCAUAUAGGUUGUUUUCAGUCAACAAAAAACAUUGACUGAUGAAAGAAAGAUAAGCUCACAGUGGCCCUCCAGUAAAUUCUACCGAGCAGGACAGUUAUUCGGCUGUCUUAGUCUGGAUUUUAUCUUCCGUGAAAUUUGUUAGUUCUACCACUUCUCCGACGACUGUGGGAUAGUACUCUUGCAAUGCGCGCUUUUUCCGAGCAUUAGCUCUCUUUACCUAGGUUAAGCUGUCAGUCAACUAAUAUGCCUUUGUUUAAACUAAGAUACAGCUGUACCCGUAGAGAGGAAGUUUUAACGGUCCAAACAUGUCAAGCUGCGGAAGUUAUGAUUUUAGCUAACUUAAUGAAGACGCCAUAAAACCUCGUUUCCAUCGGCAUAGGAGAAGUUACGUAUCUAUGAAACGUACCCACUAUUUUAACAUUAUUUUUGCUCAAAUUUUAAACGCUGUCGUUUUUAAUUAAGAGCGGCCCUUGUCAGUAUAAACGCCUGGCUUCUAUAAAUAUGUUAACAACGUUUAUGACCGGUAAAUAAAAAUUCAUAGCACGUAGUUUUUAACUACUGGAUUAUGCGUACCGUAAGGAACCAGUUAUUCCCGUUCCGCGAUUGCCCAGAGCUUUGGAUGUUAUGAUUUUGUACAUAAGCUGUCUUCAUGUGGACUUUGAAUAUUUCAAAUUAGCACUAUAUACAACUUUGAGCCAGAAGUUUAUGAACUUUUCAAGAUUUUUGACUCGUCCAGGCGAUAAACAUGACGAAAAGCUGGUCCAAGCACAGGUAACCCAGGCUCACUGUUUGUGUCAUGUACGGGUUUCAUAACAUGAGUAAAUAUAAAUGACUUAGGUCUGGAAAUUUGCUAGAAAAUGGAAAUAGAAAUCGAUGAAACUUACCAUGUGGCGAGUUGUUUUUUUUUUGUAAUUUAAUCACUGUUUAUUUCAUUUUCUUGCCUUACAAUAAUAACAUUAAUGUUUACAUACAUUACCGACAUUACAAUUGUUAAAAAAAAUAAUACACAAAUAACUCACACACGCACGCACAGCACACACGACACACAACGACAGUAUCAAUACUACUAAACCUUAACAAGUAUUUGUCGGCAAUUGUGUACCACCUGUCAAGAGUGCUUGCCAUUUCGAUAAAUGAAAAGACAUUUUAUUUUUCGAUUUGGCAAUGAUAGUUUCUAAUUGAUAAACGUUAUUGAGUCUUGCCAAGAAAACUCGUAAACAAGGGUUUUGGUUUCGUGCAUCUGCAAUUAUGUAUAUACUGCUUUAAAUACCAACUAGCAAAAUAUGAUUAAUAAAUAAAUUGUCUUUACGUACCUUUAUCCCAAAUAAUAUAUCUUUAGCAGAGAGAUGGUUAAUAACCACCCCCCGAUUGCUACACCAUUUAAUAACUUCUGCCCAAAAACUCUGAGUAAUCAGGCAAGGCAUCAGGCAUGUGGCGAGUUGUUGUUGUACUUAACAUGCGCUGUAGGAAAGUUGAAGGAGACUAUUUUUCCCGAAAUUUCAUGUGCAUAUUAAGGACAACAACAACUCGCCACAUGGUAAGUUUUAGCGAUUUUUAUUUCCAUUUUCUAGCAAAUUUCCAGACUUAAACAUCGCUCCGGAUGUUCUUUAUAUUUACUCAUGUUAUGAAACCCGUACGUGACACCAACAGUGAGACUGGGUUGCCUGUCUUCCAAGAUCAUGAUUCUGCCGUGACAUGCCAUAAGUCUCACAAUUUUUACUUUUUCUCACGACAAGACGCCCAACAGGGGCACCCAACGUCAAUUUUUGGAAAAUAUCUAUUUGAGAUCUAGAAUUUUCGGAAUAUUUGUUUUAAAGUUUCUUACUUGCUGCCUCUCCUAGGAUUUUCGAACAUUUAAAAACUGGUAUAAUCGCGCACUUUUAACGGAUUUUUACCCUGAAAAGGUCACCUAGAAUUUUCGGGAGCCUUUUUUCUGGCUGAAAUUUUCGAAAAGGUAAGUAUUGAUCCCUAUAAUUUUCGGAUCACUAGACUUUAAGCUAGGAAUCCGAACAGAUGAAAAAUUUUUAGGGGAUAAAAAUAUGCCUAUAUCUACCUUUUAAAGACUAAAAUACUUUCAACAAUGCUAUGUUUAAGUGGUUUUGAACUAUAUUCUUGUUGGGUGCCCUUGUCCCAAUCUCAUGUUUUUUAGUGAAAUAUCAUUCCGAAAUGAAAUCUUUCUUUGUUCAAUAAAUACGGAAAUGUUUACAGUUGCUGAAUCAUGAUUGAUUCUCCUUAAGUAUUAAAACGCCGAGAAUUACCAACUGUACAACGCCUUCAGCAAGACACUUCGCGACGGUUUUGCGAGACAAAAAUGAGUUAAAGUACAGCUUUAACUGUCAAAACCAUGCUUGUUUUCCUCGAAUGUAUCUUUCAAUUCUUCAUAAAUAAAGCUCUGCCAGCUUCAGACAGCGUCCUCCGGCAGAAUUUUAUGGGCAGAAGAUUUGUGUAGGUAAUAGCAUGAUUUGUAGUGAUAUUUGGCAUAAAUACCACGAGUGAUAUUUCCAAAUUGUUAUACGUAAUUUCACGAGCCGUUAGGCGAGUGAAAUUUGAAAUAUCACGAGUUGUAUUUAUGCCAAAUAUCACGUACAAAUCAUGCUAUUUUUUUGUUUAUACUACUACCCGCAAAAGGUUUGUAAUUUUCACAUGUAGGUAUUUCAAAUGAAGCUGAAACACCACUGCUCUAAGCCAAUCAGAUUGCAGAAAUUUCUCAUGUAGUAGUAUAAUAGAUAUAUUUACGCGUUGACUUCACACGUCUAAGGUCCGGGGUUAUUUUUUGGUCGUUUUGUUUUGUUUUGUUUUGCUUUUUUUAAACAUAUUUUCAUUUUUUGACAGACUUAUAAUAUAACCCCCUAAGUAGUCAAUCGAUAAAAAUCAGUAUCGAUAAAGAUCAGUAGCAAUCACGUGAUUUUUAUCGAUUGAUAACGGAAAUCGGUGAAAAUCGAUAAACUUAAUUGCUGUGUCAAAUCGAUAUUAUCGAUUUUUCAUGAUUUUAACGAUUUAUAACUGAAGCCUGCAAUUAUUGUUUUUUGGCAUGAGUUUAAUAGUACAGCUGAGAAAACACAUCCACGAGUAACAACUGAUCAGCAAACAGAAUAAAAGAAAUGUGGUAACUAUUAGACACGCAAUUUUCUCUCUAAAACCCUUUAUUUUGUACGUAAGAAAAACGGUUCAGUUAUAUUCAGUUCUUGCAGGCAAGUAUAAGGAGAAAUACAACCUUAGAUAAAGAUUUCCUACCCUAAAUUUCAGACAUUCCUUUAAGUCGGGAUUCAGGUAGUCUGCUACACAGCCGUUUUUAGUGUCGUCACGCAACGCUCCUCCCCACUAACUACUAGUGGGGAGGAGCGUUGCGUGACGACACUAAAAACGGCUGUGUAGCAGACUAGCAGUCAGGCUAAUCCCUCGUUUUCCGUUAUCAAUAGAUAAGAUCACGUGAUUGCUAACGAUUUUUAUCGAUUUCGUUUCUUAUCUAGUGACUACUUCCGGGAUGUAUAAACUACACCCCGAACUACACCGACGUUAUUUUGAAAGGGUGGGGGAUCUAAAUCCUGAAAACCUGAGCGCCUACAAACCUGACUACUAUCAGCCAUCAGAAGAAGAUUUUAAGAUUUUUUUUAACGGUUUAUUUAAAAGUGAUAAAUGUUUGAUCCUUCAGACUCUUAAUUGCAACUCAUUUGUCAAUAGAUUUGCUGUUUGUAUGAAUUCCAUUUCAAUUUUUCUUUUUCAUGAACAGAUGUAUCUUCCGAUUUCAAUCGAUGAAAUCGCUAAAAAUCAAAAUAAAUCGAUAAACGAAACGUGUGUGUCAUCGAUUUCUACCGAGUGAUCGAUACAAUCGAUAUCAAUCAAAUCAGAUUUACCGAUUUUUUUCGAUUUAUCGAUUGAAAAAUCGAUACCGAUUUUAGUGAUUGACUACUGCGGGAUAUCCCGGUAGACUAAUUGCAGGUUCAUCAUCAGCUUUCAUUUCUAAAAUAUUUAUAUAAUCCACGAGUUAGCCAUAGGCAUCCUUUGAUUAUUCGUUUAUUUACUUUCUGAGCCUUUUUUUUGCGAUAUUUUUAAUACUUUUACUGAACAUUUAUUAACAUUCUUUUGUUAUCAAUAGCUCCUACAUUUUCGGACCGUGUCAUUGGAUUCCUGCUUCAAAAGUUAGAAGUGAGCAAUGAGAAACCUAGAACUGCAUCUUUGGCGAUCAUCAAGCACUUGGUCAACUCUUCUGGUGAGUUCAAAAUGUUGACUAAAUGUUGCCUGUGGCAGUUAUUCUUUUUAAUUAACAAUGAAAUGAAUGUAGACUUGUGUUACCUUUACUUCAGCCAUGCAGUAAAUGCCCUUUGAAAAACUUAAAAUUUCUUGUGGCUCCUUGUAAGGCUCACAAGCUGCCAGCUCGAGUUACAGAGGCGGUGGUGUGUGCUAUUCAGAAAGGGUAGGGUUGCAAUGUUAAUCAGUUAAGCCUGGGAUAAGGCAUGGCAUAAAAGCUAGAGAGUUUUGUGCAGAAAAAAUUAUCGUGUAUGGAAAAUUAGUGGUAUGAAGAUUGCAGUUUCUGGAUCAUGGUAAGUUUGUGAUAGGGUGGGGAUAUUUUGUGCCUUGUCUAGAAUAGAGUAGAAAAAUUGCAUCUAAACAUAGUCUGAACUAGCCUGCGAAUACAACGGUUUCUCCUAGCUCCUCGCUGCCAGGGCCGUUUUGCCAGGACGAACAGAGGGAAUUUCUGUCGCUGAGUCGCAGACGUUCCUCUUGGCGAAACGUCCUUAGCGCUGAGGAGCUAGGAGAAACGGCUGUAUUCGCAGAUCAGCUCAGACUAUGUUUAGAUGCAAUUUUCUACUCUAUUUUAGACAGGGCACAAAAUAUCCCCACCCUAUCACUUAACUUACUCAGAAGCAAGGAGAGACGGCUGUAUUCUGAACAUAGUCUGAUGAUGGGCUCCAGGGUUCCAGCAAUGCCCCUUAGACAGAUCACAAGAACUUAUGUUUCUUGUUUUUGUGCGUUAUAAUUAAUUUGAGGAACUAUCAAACUCUUUUAUGUUGACAAGUUGGUUCGUUCAUUCCCAGGUUCAUACUUGGAGAACAAAGAAGAGAUGAUUGUAACAGGAGUUCAGAUCCUCUUUACUGAUCAUAACCUGAAGGUAAAUGUGACUCUAACAAUAGCUCUUGAAUGUUGUCUUGUUUUUAAUUAAUUAACCAAUUCAAAGUUCAAAGUUUAUUUGAGAGAUUUUGCUUAGUAUUCAAGUAUACAGACAACAACAUUAGCCCGCAAAAUAGCUAGAGUUAAUCUAGGCGGGUAGCGGAGAGGCUGUUUACAGAGUAAAUUUGGUAGUGAGUUUCACGUAAUUGAUAAGCCAUAAAUAAGCUGAGAGGGGAUAGUAAUAUGAAUAUAUAUGCGAAUAGAUAAUUGAUGUUUUGGACUGAAGGAAGAAAGUAGGUAAAUAAAGCUACUUUGGGCCAUACAUUAUACAUUUUAACAUUACCAAAUUUAAACAACAGUAUCUUUUGUAUCAAGGGCUCUUUUACAAUACAUUCCUGUCCGAUCUCCCACAAUCAACGACUCAAUAACAGGAUUGGGGGUCGCCCGUUGGAGUUGGCUACUUGUUAAAGGUUCCAACUGCAAUGAUAUGAAGGGGUGUGCAAGAAAGAGCCUCAGUUAAUGAUUUCUGAUGAAAUGUUAGACUCUGCUUUCAAACUGCCUUUUAUCUUCUUCUGAACAAAAGGGAGAAUCUCAUAUUGCAUGAAGAAUCACCAUGGGCCUUAUUUCAUGCGCCACUUCUUAUUUAUUUGUACUGGAAAAAGUGGUUUAAUCUUUUAUUUUGGAUAGGUAGUUGCUUACCGGUGGGUGAUGGUCGCUUGUGAGAGUUCAACGCUUCUGUAUUAGAAGGAGAACGUCUUUGGUUAUUAUAAUAACAUUUCCUUAUACUUUUCUGUAGGUACGGCACAUGUUUGCACAGUGCAUAACAGCCAUGGCACAUCAUCGGUACCUGGAACUAGAAGGAGGACACAAACUUGUUGAAUUUAUUGUCAGGCAGUGUGCACUUAGUGAUGAGGAGGUGAGGUCAUACCCAGUCUUUCUGCGCAAAGUAGUGUAAAAUAAUGUGAUCAACGAUGGCCAAAGAAGUAAUAAUCGUAAAUUACUCCAUGGCGUGUUUUAGCCAAUAGGACUAAUAGGGUGAUCAAAGGGGGUUAACGGAUGCCGAUUUAUGAAAUAAAUCUUAGUCCUUGAAAACUGUAAUUUGUCCCUGAAAAAUCCUUGAAAAGUCCUUGAAAUUUCUAUGUCUGAAGUUGUACGAACCAUGGUUACAGGAGAUUAGUUGUACGGUGUGAUAGCUAAGGCCAUUGAGCCACAUUAUGCUUGUCGUAUGAACCCUCUUUUAAUGGCCUUAGUUCCUAUGUGUCUUCUCAUGGACUAGUAACCAAAAGGUCAGGGAUUUGUAUGACUCUUAUUUUGAGAACUUGCCAUUUUUUUUGCUCAAAUCUUAGCAGUCUGAGUCACUGUCUGAAAAAAGCGUUAUCCUAAAUGACAGAUAUCUACGUGUGCACCUCUACUUUCUUGAUGGACUACUCUAAUCAAUUAAGAACAUAACUAACUUUCUUUGCUUUAAUAUGUUUUCACUAACAGAAGACACGAAGACCAACUGAUGCGGAUGCCAUAUCACCUCAGGCACUGCAGAAAAUGUGUGAAAACAUUCUUUUCCUCUUGACAACCACAGUGGAUGUCAUGGAAACAGUAAGUUGCAAAUGACUAUUUUGAAGGAUUGUAUAUGAAGAUUGUCCCCAUUUUUGAACUUUAACCAUCUUCUUUGUUUUAACCUAAGGUGCUGUGGCCAUAUUUGCUAGAGUGUCUUAUUCCUGAACCUUAUACACACGCCAUGAGCCAUCUUUGUCGCUGCAUUUGCCACCUCGCUACAAAGAAACGAGAGGAGCAGGCACCUGAUUUCAACAUUGAUUUUGAAGUGAAGAGUAAGUGAUAAACCUAAAAUAAAAUAAAGAAAGAUUGUAAAAAAAUAAAAUUGAGCAUCUUCUGUUUAUUACUACAUCGCUUAACCUAACAGUAUACAAAACAGAUGCCGUUGAUAGUGAACUUUCGCAACAGGACGGGAGAGAAAAGAAGACGGCAAACCUGCGUGACAAGCGUGACAAUAAUUUUGUUUGAAAUAAGUUUUCGCCUAGUCUCCCUCGCAGCCGUUUUUAGUAGCGUUGCGCGACGAUACUAAAAACGGCUGCGAGGGAGACUAGUUUUCGCAAACUUCACUCUCCUUUAAAGAGAUCUUUUUGUAAAAGACCAGAAAACAUUAAAGGGACUGGUUCACGAUAAUGCGCAUGCGCGCCGUUUGUCUCUUCAGAAUAAAUUUGUUGGGUCAACACUAAAUUCGAAAUCGCCAUUACCGGUACAAUCAUUGAAAAUCCUUCGUUUUAUUCGGACAUCCGCCGCUUUGGCUGGUCUAGUUAUACUUCGGUAGUGGUGAUUAACGUGUGGUUGUGUCGUUUGAGUGGUUACGUUUUAAGAAGACGCAAAAAAUAAUGUUUUGAUCAUGGAGGUUCAGAAGAGCAUCGUGGCCGUCUGGCAACAGGACGUUCUCAAUAGUCUUUGAAGAUAGAGAAGCUUAGCCUAUCGAUUUGGUAUGGUUCUAGGAGUAGUGUGUGGCUUACGAAAAGUAUACACGACACUUUGAAAGUGGUUAAAGGCAUGAGUUCGUUCAACUUUGAUUUGAUUUUUGACUCCGACCUGUAGUUAUACCGCAACGGGCCGCGCGAUCUUCACCGAUCUGGUACACUUGAAAUUUUCCUUGUAUCUUUGCUUUACGAUCGUAUAUGUUUAAGAAUUGAUGUUUUUAAAUAAAUUAUUGCCUGAGUAUUCUGUUUAUAAUCUAGUUUCUUUAUUUGUGCUACUCGAUAACAUUUGUUUUGCGGAACACUGACCUGAUGCAACGCGAAUGAAUUUGUUCAUUUGCUGAUAAGCAUUUGAAAUUUAUGCUCAAUUAAGGAUAAUCUUUAUACUCAUACGUUGUACGUUUUUGUCACCGGUCAGGAGCUAUUUGUAGGUAUUUCUGGAUUUAUAUAAGACGAACUGAGAGAACAGUAACAAGAUGUUUGUUUACAAAUUUUGUUUGCCGAUCGGUGACUGCUUUGUUAGCGUGGGUACGACCUCGUAAAAAUACACGUUGGUAAAUGUUUGUUUCAAAGCAGGACAGGGCUGUAAAUCUUAUUCUAAUCGGCUGCAACAUAUAUCUGAGGAGUAGCAAAGAAUAAACUUGAAUUAUGGGGAUAAAUAAAAUCAAACCAAAUGCGCGGAAUACUCUCGCGUCGCGAACAAUUAAUUUGAAUUUUGUAAAUUUACUUGCAUGCGUCUUACUCACUUUCGAUUGGUUGAAAAACAAUCAGCUACUGUCAGAACUCACACAUGCGCAUUAUCGUGAACCAGUCCCUUUAAUGUUAGGUGAAAAUCACGACAAAACACGCAAGUGAUAGCCUUGUCACGCUUGUCACGCACAAGCGUUUUGCCGUCCUCUUCUUCCAACCGUCCUGUUGCGGAAACUCACUAAUGUCAACCUAGUGCGUAGCCUACAUUUAGAUCACCAAGUCUUUUGCAGUCUGUAGACCAACUGUAUAGCUUCUGGAAGAGUUUUGUGAAAUAUUGACCGUGACAUCUUCUCUUAUUUCUUUUACAUGCAUUUAUCUUUGAUUUGUUUAGUGUUCCUUGUGUUAAUGAUCACACAGAAAUUUACUUUUUUUCUAAUUUCAUGACAGCUAAUAUACCAAGACCAGCGGCCAUAAUUUCCCGUCUCUUGGUAGGUUGAAGUACAUAUUUGAUAAUUUAUGAUUGAUAGUUACUGCUAUUUUAGUACUUCGCUGUACAGUAAAGAGCAAAUUAAACUAUUUCAUCAGAAAUAGUAACAUUAUUAUGCAUUUUUGUGAUUAAACGACAUCUGUUGGUCGCACCAAUUUAAAAUCAAAUUGCUGUGGUGUCAGUUUUAGUCGGUUUUUACUGAUUAUACAACAAGGACAGCUAUUAGAAUGACAUCUGAGUGGAGUUACAAGAACCUGAAUUCGAGUUAUAAGGGUGAAUUUUAGUGAAAUUUUGAUCAAGGGUAAGAAAAGUUAGUCCGAGUUAGCGGGGAUUAUUGAAUCAUCGGUGUUGGAGUUAUCGCGGGUCUACUGUAAAUAUUAUUGAGGGAGCUUCAACGAGGUGACUUCAACGACAACGGCAUAAAAGCAAUAGGGUUAGAUUUGCAAAACGACAACUUUGCACGUGCUUCACGCUUUUUUGCCUAUUCCUAAGCCGUUGUUGCACGACUACAACCUGAAACUUCCUAAUUUCACGUUUUGUCCAUGACGGGAACAAAAGACAACAACUUUCUUUUUCUUUUCCUGAACUCUAGUAUAGCCCUUUAGAAUUCACCUCCCAAAACAAUUUUCCAACAUUUGACGAAUUAAACGAGAUGGAAUAAGCGCGAUAAAGUUUGAGGCAGCACGAAUUCACUUUUCAAACGACGCUUUUGUAGUCCUCACCGUCGUUGUUGUUUAAACUCCCUAUUGCCAUUCUUCAGGUGAUGUCAGGCUGUGCCCUUGCCGGUGGUGUGCGGGGAAUUCAUGUACUUAAACUGCUGAAGGCGUUGUCUCCUAUCCUGGAACCUAACUUAGUUGAGAUGUGGGACACUGUGAUUCCUAAGCUUGUGCAAUAUUUAGAAGGUAAUAAAAAUAGUUCUACUGGAUUCAAACUGUGCACUAGGAUAAAUCUAGGAUAAAUCUCCUAGUGGUCAACUCCAAAGCGCAUGCUACUUUGAUCUCCAUACACAUCCUUUCAUAAACUGCAAUUUAUUUCCACUAUUUUCAGAUAUCUUGGAGCUUUCAUAGGUUUUCAUCAGUACACCUCUUUCGUAAGAAGUGUGAAAUCAAAUGAACCUAUAUGUAUACGUUAUCCAAUGAAAUGCAAGAGUUGUUAGGUUGAUGAAGGAAAAUGCGUGUUUACAUAGAAACGAACAGCCAGCUUGGAAAGACAAGAAGUCUUUUCGGAUUUUAGCUAGGAGUUAACUGAAUUGUGCACGUACUAUAUUUUCUUCAGAAAACUCUGAUGACAAAGAGAAUUGGAAGCAGAAGGCAUGGGAGGACUUGGUCUUAAAGGUAAUUUAUUGAAAAUCUGUUCUAAUAGUGCCUGCUUUUAUGAAAAAAUUAAGCCUCCGUAUAAACCAAACAAAUAGGUUGGUGUCUCAACAGUUUUAUUUCCUGGAAACACGAAAGUUUAGUUAUUUGCGUUUAAGCCGUGGUGCUAAUUUCAGUUCGUUCAAAAUCACUAAACUUCACGUGUUGCUAUAUGAAAUUUCAUGGACUAAGGUGUAUUUAUGACUAACGUUUGCUCUCUCAGUUUGUCUCCAAGAGCUGUGAUGAAGUCGAUUCGGAAGAGUGGCUGUGUUCGCUUGGCGCAGGGCUGGCGGCUCAGAUCCCACUUUAUACCAGCUCACCAGAUGAAAAGGUACAAAAAAACGGUUCUCCGUGUGAAAGGUUAAUCCCAGGACAUGAGAUUUGACCAAAAUUCGGGAAACGUCUUACGGGAUACGGGAUUUGUUCAAAAUACAAUGCGGAAUUCGGGAAACGUUUUACGGGAUACGGGAUUUCACUGCUACCCAGGAAGCGGGAUUCACCAACCUUGAGCGCACGAUGUAUGAUUGGGAAAAAAGUAAUUUUCGCAAUCCCAAUUUAUUCACUUUCUGUUUAUGCAUCUAUAUACCUUAUAAAUCCUUUCAUCUUUGCCAUCCUGAAAUGAACUGACACGUUUGUUAAACUUGAUGUGGUGUAAAUCUUUCUAUUUUUAUUUCCCUACACACCUGAACAGUUUUCUGACCCCCAAAAUCCUGAAAAUGUGCGACCCCAUUCAAGUAACUCUUAUAAAAAUGGAACCCCAUGAUAGUCAAUCCAGUCGUGAAAAUGCCUCCCCAUCCAGCGGCACAUACCCAUUGUCUUAUUACUAAGAAGUUCGUGGGAUGGUCGUGAAAAGGAACGGGAAUACGCGAUCAGGACUCACCUUUCCAGAGCUUACAAAGAAUAGUUUAACAUAAGAACAGUGAAAAUAAUCUACAGACCCAAACUGGCUCAACCAAUCUGUGCAAGAAUUUCACUGCCAGUAAUAAGCAAACUGUGAAAUGUUCAUUGAAUUGCAAGUAUGUGACUUGAGAAAACAGCCGAGAUUUCGAGACGCCUCGACUGGUUUCCCCGCGAAAUGACGUCUGAGAAACGAGCUCAGAAAAUCCAUACUGUUGAGGUGUCACUGCCCACAUAUGAGUAAUUCUUCAGAUUAGUUGAAACAAAUUUCCCACACAGCACGACCAGUCACUGAGAAACACUAUUUAGAUCUGGGUAGUGGCACGUCAUCAGUAUGGAAUUUCUGCGCUCGUUCCUGGUCAUUUCACGUUCAAACCAGUGGUAGCGGCACGAAAUUUCGGCUUUUUUCUCAGACUAACAAGAAUGCUGUGUUCAAGGAAAUGCAAGAAUGUUACUGUUUUGACAUUUUUUCCCUUUUUGUAAUUGGUGUUAUUUUCUAAUAUCCUUGCUUGCAGAAUUUUCUUUUCAAGUGUUUGGGCGUUGUUCUGAACAAAGUGAAGAACCAAGGCUUUGUACAAAAUCAUCUGAACAUCAUGUUUAGCAAUGUGAAACAUGCAAGCCAAGUGGAAAGAGAGGUGAAGUAAAGUAUAAAAACUAUAAUUUCGGUAAUAUACAUACCAUUAAGUGACUAAGUAAUUUUAAUUCCCAAAAUAUAAUUCAAAUGAAAGCAACUGAGCAGUACUUUUCUGUGGCACUGUAUAUUAUGUUGCACAAGGUGGUUCUAACUUUUGAGUCUGGAAUAAACCCUUCAGAUGAAAUCGAUUGAGUAGUGAUUUGUUCCUAUGGGACUGUUAAUUAUGCUGUACAAGAUGGCUCUAACGCUUGGGGCUGGUUAUAGUGAGACGUUUCAGUUAAAAGCUACUGAGUAUUACUUUCCUUUGAUGAUGUUUAUUUUGCUGACUACAUAGUGAAUGAGUCUUACCAAAUGAAGCUACUGAGCAUUUCUCGUCUAAGAUGAUGAUUAUUAAAGCUUUCAAAGUGGCUCUGUCGAGAAUAAUUACAGGGCUGAGUUGUUCCAAACUGGGGUAAGAUAACUCCGCCUGGAGGCUAGCCUGCUGAGCAGCCGUUUUGUAUCGAAAGCGCUACCCAGAGGUACAUUGAUCGCGGCCGCCAUCAUGAUCAUGAAAGCAAUUGAAUCAACUAAGGGAGGAAGGGGGAAGCAACGGGGAGGGGCGUGGAGAAAAAGGCUAUUUUGUCGUCUCCUCCUCCUCCUCUAUUUUGACCCGUCAACCUCUCCUUUGGAAUCAUUAUUUGACUCGCCCGAACUCUCUGUUUGUUUCAACGUCCAAAUCGUUCAAACUUCAAAAUACACCUUCAGGCUACGUGGGGGCGAGGAGCUUUGCGUGACUCCAACCCCAGCGGCUGCGAAGGAGACUAAGAUAACCCAGGGUUAGUGCGAAAUUUGAAUUGAGAUAUGAAAGCUUAAAAAGAAAAAACACGGGUUAAUUAAUUUUGUCUACAACUUGAUGUCUGGAUGCUCCAUAAAGAAUAGAGAAAAAAGUAUCCGAGAAAAUGCUUUUGAACGUAAGAAAAAGAAACUUGAAUUAAGAUUUGGCCCCGGGUUAGUGCUAGUGUUUCUUUUAUUUCGCAAAAAUAAUUUUGGUUCUUUUUUCCAAAUUGAUUUUGUUUGUAAGAAAGUUACACUCUUGCUUCUUCAGGGCUGUGCAAUAGGAGUUGGUUUCUGUGCCGGCACCAAUCUUGAUCAAGUACUGACCAAACUGGAGCAGGUCACCAAGACUGAAAUGACCAAAAAAUCCUCAGGAAUAUUGAGCUUCAUGAAGGUGAUUAGUUUAGCCUCCAUAACUUCUAUUGGCUUAUUACAGAUACUUUAAUAAUGUUUUAUUAUUAAAUUAUUAUAAGAUUAUCAAUACAUUGUUGUUUUCGUCGUCGUUGUUGUUCUUCUCAUUAUUAUUUUGACGUUAUUUUGUACGGUCACGUGAUAUACAGGCGCUGUCCAUUUAUUUAUUAAUUCAUCAAUUAAUUAAAAAAUUAUUUGAUAUUUGAAUGUCAAGCCAAACGUAGAAGUACUUUCCCUCACUUGCGUAAACAUUUCAUUUGUCGUUGGGGAAGGCAGUGCAAAGCUAUCUGCAAGCAAUCUUUAGUGGGUAAUACUUUUGCCUAAUGUUUCGCUCUAGAACAGUUUUGUGUUCUUGUCUUAUUAGGAUAAAUCUGAUUCAGACACGGAGAGGGUCAAAAGCACCGUUAUGUUGUGUUAUGGUUUCACUGUUAUGUACGCACCACCUGGGUAAGUAAAUAUCCACGUCGUGUAUUUUCACGUGGUCAUCAUUAAUAGAGAGGUUAAGCAUCACGUUUACGUCAAACGGCGAACGCGAAUUUGUACCACGUGACCAAGUUUCCCCCUUUACUUGUCGUUUACUGCUCAUUAUUUCUACACGUAAAUUAGUAGUUUCAUGCAAUUCUUUAUUCAUGAAAAUUGUCUUGAGCUGAUUUUAUCAUUUUUUUCUAUUUUGAGAAAUUCUCAACUUGAAUCUGACGUUUACCGUUUUCCGUAUACGUGAUACUUAAACUCUCUAUUUUUAGAACAUUUCCAGUACCUGAAAACGGCCUAUCGAGUUGAUAAAGGGAACAAAAGUUAAUUUUAUUUAUUAUGUGGAGAAUACUAGUGCGGAAACCAUUGUUUGUUUGUUGUUUGUUGUGGUAUUGAUAUCGUUCAUUGUCUUUUUGAUUUUUAAAAUCACGUCAUUUUAUGAUUGCCCCCAUCCUCAUCACCAAGAAACUACCAAGUGUAAAGGCAUUUCUCGUUACGGUAUUUUUCUUUUCAAGGUUAUAGUUGAAGUCAGAUCCAUGCAUUUAUUUUAACAGUGAAAAUUACAGAGGGCUUAGUUAAACGCUUUGGCCAAGCCUUCGUGAAACGUUCACAACUUUACCUGGUAGUAAAUAAUUUUUUGGUAUGUUCUCUUUCAGAUUAAUAACUUCGAGACUAGAAACCAGUAUUUUUCGAGUCAUCAGUCGUCACUUUAGCAACGUAAAGGUGAAGUGUUUCGUACUCCAAGAAUCGCAUGAUUUAUACUAGUCACUUAUUAAAACUGGAGCUUCCUGUAAUACCGGAUCAAUGAGUUAUCAAUGCGUUAAUUAAUCCGUAUGUAUGUCAAAAUAUAAACUCUCGUCUCUUUCUGAUUCAUUUCUUGUGAGGGAGUAAGGAAAAAUUUGUUAAGUAGAUUGAGCAUGAUCGUCUGGGUGAAGGUAGUCCUGAAUAGGACUGUUGUUGGCAGUGACUGACGUUUCGACAACCUGUGCGGUGGUCAUCUUCAGAGGCAACGUGAGUUGAAUCACGUCAACUGAUGGUACUUUACUCUGGUUAUUGAUCUGAUUGGUCAAUAAGUCGCGAUGUUAUUGGUCGACUGUCAGUUAAGCCGUGAUGUUAUUGGCUAUGAAGACUGCUCAACCUCUGCCUAACUUCGACGUACUUUCAGUACAACGGCAAACACUACAAACAGUUACACGGUACAGCUAUGGGCUAUCCAGUUUCUGUUGUUGUAGCAGAAAUUGUUAUGUAAAACAUCGAGGAACGAGCCCUAGCUACUUAUACGCAAACUAUACCUCUUUGGUUACGCUACGUUGACGACACUUUACAGCUCUACACAAAGACGAAAUCGACGAUUUUCACGAACACCUUAACAGACAGAACGCGGACAUACAUUUCACCAAGGAGAUCGAGAAAAAUGGUAAAAUACCUUUUGUGGACUGCUUGGUCACUCGCGACAACAAAAGACUACGAGCGAAAAUUUAGAGAAAACCGAUACAUACCGACAGAUUACUAGACCAGUCAUCGUACAACCCGAUCUCUCACAAGGAAAAAACUAUACGGACUCAAUUCUCGUGACGUCUUUGGCAUAGUAAUUGUGGGUAUUACAAGGAGAAAUUUGAUGCGAUUGCGUUUGGGGCUUUAAGGACACAACCGGCAAGAAUUUGGUUAUAUUUACGUUCCUUGAUGCGGUUGUUCAAAAGUUGGAUUGCGCAAUCCAACAGAUAAAUCGCUAUUCAGUGAAAUGAAUAUUAGGGAAACUAAUUGCGCCACCCCAGGAUAGAGUUUCAACCAACACAAGUGGGGCUUGCGUACUAUGUAGAAGAGCUAGGAGCCCCAAGGUGUUUAAACCAUGGCAGAGAGCCGCUUUUAGAGCUGUCUAGGCUCGUGUUUACCUGCGAGCUCACCUGUGCUUGCUAACAACAACAACAACAACAAGACUUUAUUUAGCCAGGGUGAAACGAGAAUUACACAAGUAAUUUUCAUCUGGGCCCUGCUAGCAGGCGAGGUCCGUACAAUCCCCUGUACAGACUAAACAAUGAUAUUUCUUUCUGUUCCAUAGGAUGUGAAUGUAAAGCAGAAUCUCAUUCGAGCCACUGAACUAAUUGGCAAAGCGUUGGAGCCCAGUCGUCUACAGCAACCGGAGUUCGUGUUUACCAAGCGACAGGAGCUUAUCCAACACAUGCUGGUGAGGGGAAUGAGUAACCACAGUUUUUAAGAAGGCGAGAUCGCUUGAAAGUAUAAUCGAUCUUCUCCUUAUGGACUCCUUUAUUGAGGAUAGUGUCUUUGAUCCUGAAGUUUCCAUAAUCUGUCUCCUCCCUAUCGUUGUACCACGAAAACUCGGUUAUGCCGACACUUCCUUGGCGCUGCGAUUUGUACCGGGUUUCAGGAGCACCUAAGAGUAUUGCAACCCCCUUUCCCUUUUUCAGGGUUCAGGGUUCUGUCUAGGGUAUUUGAGGGGUAGAAGCUUCCCUCGCCCCCCCAAAUGCCCAGGUUCCCCGGAAAAAAUAUUGUUAUUAUUACAAUAUAAGUGACUACAUCGGAAAAAUCAUCCCGACGCGACGAGGUCAGUGCACACACUGUAACAUUUCUCAAAAUUGUGGCUCAAAAUGCACCAGACUGCAUCUUAGCGCACAUUCAUUUAAAAAAAUUCCGGGGGGGCAUGCCUCCAGAACCCCCUUAGGAAGCUCGUGGCCUUCGAAGAAUUUUGUCCUCCGUUUUUGAAAAAAUACGCGUCCACACGCACCGUAUUCGAAUCGUUUUCGCCCGUCCACACGAAAACGCUAAACAAUGUUUGAAACGAUAGCAUCCCCCACAGAGCAAGCGUAGUGUCCACACGUAGACGAGAAGCCAGCGUUUUCAAAAAUCUCCAGUCUGGAGAACGUUUUUGAAAAAUGCGUUUUCGGUGACCGUUUUGACCACAUACGUGUGCACGGUAGACCAAACCGGAGAAAAAAAUAUCCGGGAUCAAUUUAUGUUUCUGGGAAACUGCCCACCUAUCCCUCCCCUAAGUCAACAUUAACACCUACUUCUCUCUUAGGGCAAAAUAUUGGGUUAGGGGAGGGGUAGGUGGGCAGUUUCCCAGAAACCUAAAUUGGUCCAAAACGGAUACGUCUUGAUGGUGCGUUGAUACGACGGGCUUACGCCCGCGUUUAUCACGCGUGGGUUACGCGUAGAGUAACUUUGCAAAGAAAAAUGAGAGACUGGUCGCAGUCUACAAAAAACACUGUGCGCUUCUAGCGUUUGUAUAUCGUUAUAAGCAAACUUUCUGUUACUCAACCAGUUUGUUUGUAUCCCCAUGUAGGUUUACAUGAAGGCAGAACCAGCCUCCAGCAUCACCACGGAAACUAGAGCCCUGGCAAUGGACGCAUGCGCGAGUCUAGCGUAUCCUUAAGCUUUGAUACUUAUUUGACAAAAACAAAGUGUUGAUUUUACUUGCCCACCUACGCAGUACCAAUACAAUUUCGUUGGAACCUACGCAGCACCAAUACAGUUUCUAUGAAACCUAUGCAGGACCAAUACAGUUUCUAUAAAACUUACGUUGUACCAACAAAGUUUGUAUGAAACCUACGCUGUACCAAUACAGUUUCUAUGAAACCUAUGCAGUGCCAGUACAGUUUCUAUGAAACGUACGCAGCACCAACAUAGUUUCUAUGGCAGCUCUUCAUUUUGGACACGAAAUGUUUACAGUAGCCUAUUACUUAACUGAUUAGAUAACGUUCCUUAACGGCAAUUAUCUAAACACUAGAAAAUUGCAUCCCAGGUUUACGGAAGCGGAAGUGUUUGACAUCGUGAAAACGAGUACCGACUGUGUGUUUGCGAUCCGUGUUGGAGAAAAAUCAACAUCCCCGCCAGGAAAACAUCACAAGGAUGACAUCGAUCAUGUAAGAACCGGCCUGGCCCCCAUUUUAGUGUUACCGUGUGGAUCACUAAAGGGUUCCCGAAAUAAAAGUUCUAGAAUAAUACUGUCAAAUUUGGUUUUGUAAAAUUUCUAGAAAGAAAUAGUGCUACCAUUUGAAAGUAUGCACUGUAGAAGUCGAGGAAAUGGCUACGCCACAGAAUUUCGUGCAGACUCAAAGGCGUGUCUUCAUUAUCGUCUCUUAAACACCUGCAAGGCGUUUACCAUAGGCUACCUCUUAAGUAUAUUUGUGAUUUACAAGAGGCUAACGUCUCAGUACUUCUUUCGAGCUAAUAUAUCGUACGUUUCAGGCUGCAACAUUUAUACUCGCAAGCAUUGCAAAAACACCCAGUUUUCCUAAGAUUUUGUAUCACUCUUACUGCUGAUAUCAACAGUGUUUUCUUCUGUAAAGGAGCUGAAUAUGAUUUGGGUUCUUUUUGCUUCGUGUAUAGGACAAAGAUCCCAACUUGUUACUGAAACAUGCCUUGGAGAGUUUACAGAGAUUACUGAAGGGGCUUCUGCUUCAAGAUCCUGUUUCUCCAACACUCGAGAAUAUUUUGAAGGUAUGUGGAAACGGAAUGUACGUCAGAAAGAUGAUUUUUCAGUCCUUGACACCGGCAACCUAGUUUAGUGGCCUUUGCUCCCACGAGUCUUCUGUGGCUCAGUGGUAAAGCAUCUGGACUAGUAACCAGAAGGUCAUGGGUUCGACUCCAAUUAGGAGCAUUCGGAUUUUUUCGCCUGUUUUACUGACAGAAAAAUCAUCUUUCUCAUGUAUUCACCUGGUUCAAAAUUCACCGACACAUCUCUAUCACUGUGCAUAAGCACAUAUCGACAUUUAGUCCUAGCAGUACGUGAAAAAAUGGUGGCAAGCGUGAGGGGGCGGGUUUAGGAGGGUAGAGGUCACGUUUCACGGAAACUAAUUAACGCUGUUCGCCAAAAACCAUAUUUUCGUGAGAAACGUGACUUGAAAAGUGACUUGCUGAACUCACUGCUGUUGAGAAGACGCUGGGGACUCUGGAAACCUCAAGGGUAGGAGACCUGGGACGAGGUUAAAACCGAGUUUCUAGUCAGGGUUUAUUAGGACUCAAUAGUCUCAGUAAGGUCGCAGAUGUUUUUUUUUUUGCUCGUGGACUUAACAGGCAAAUUCACAUUUUAUCUAACAAAACAAAACGCUUGACGCGUGAUUUGUGCUUCACGGGAAAUUGUGUUAGCUAGCUCAUAAGACCCGGAUUUUUAGACGUAACUCUUGUCACAGGGUGUGAGAUCCCAGUCGGCCAGGGUUUCUUGCUGCUAUCGGUGUAAGCUCAUUAGUUGGCCUUGUUUUUCUUGCUUGUCUUUGCAGCUUAUUCAAGAUCCAUGGUUGUUAUCAACCUCUGAUGUCGAACGAGAGAGAGCUGUGGACACUAUUUUUUCUCUGCUGCAAACCUUUCGCGACAACAUGUUACUGACUGUUGGUGGGGUAGGUUUUGAUACCCUCUUUUAAUCUGUAAAAGCCGAGGUAGCCUUCAUAGCUGACGGUUUUGCUUGUCGAGCGCGCAAGUGAGCGGCGAAGCCCGCGCGUGAAGAAUGGAGCGGAAACAGCGAGAAACCGUUUUCUCGCAGCGCGGCUUUGCCUCUCGUUCGUACACGCAACAACUUUUUACCCUCUGGCAAAACAAACCGCUAGCGACGCAGGCUAAAGCUAAAAAAACUGGUAAUUAAGAACUUUGACAGUUAUUUUCAGGUUAUAUAAGGACCUGUUAGGCCUAAAACUUGAAACAGGUACUUAAUUGGAAAAUCAAUUUUGUGUUUUUAAAGCAACUUAAUUUGUUGCUCUGUGUUGAGCAUAACGAUCCUGAAAUGCAUCUGAGGAGUAGAGUGUAUAUGUUGUGGUUCUAGAGGUAAAGGCGCACACGAGCCAAAGGCCCGACCGGCUAGGGGUAUUGCUACUCCCGUUGGACGGGAUGCUAGUCCGUCGCUGGGUUACCCCCAGCAGUAUGUCGCCGGUACCCAUUUAUACACCUGGAGGAAGAGAGACAGAGUGGAGUAAAGCUCUUUGUCUAAGGGAACGACGCGACGGGCGAGGCUUGAACCCCAAACCUCCAGAACCAGAGUUCGAGGUGUUAACCACUCGGUCACAGACGCAUCCACAAGCCUAGGUAGACCUCACAUAAUUAUAUAUAAGAACCUUUUGAAUCUAAAUGUAACUUAGGAUUAUCUAGGUUCUUGUAGGUGUUUUUGCACCAUUUGUGUUCUUUGCAUCACGUAAAGGAAGGCAGACCACAUGUCAAACAGUUACCAACCCUUUUUUUUUCACCUGUAGAAGCCCAGUUCAUUUAUCCUGGCUGGCCCGCUAUUGGCUCGUCUGGUUCCCCGGUGUACCGACCCGGUAAUACUCAUUCGGCAAACGGCAGUGGACUGUGUACAGUGCUUGCUGAAAAUAGCUGCAAGAUUUCAAGGUACUUAAGCUAAAAAUCGCUGUUAUUUGGGAUCAUUGUAUGUUUCUAGGAAGCUGCCCACCUAGCCCUCCUCUGAGCCAACAUUUUGCUCUAAGUGAGAAGUAAGCGUUAAUGUUGGCUUAGGGGAGGAGUAGGUGGGCAAUUUCCCAGAAACGAAUAAUGAUCCGUUAUUUGCUAUAUGUGAUCGUUACAGUGAUUAUAGUUAUCCAAGAGCAAUUUUCAUGCUGUUUAACCCUAGUCAGACCGCGGGGGGGCUUUUGAGGCCCUUCUCACUUUAAAGUUGAACAACUUCAAAACCGUUCAGGCUAUGACAGCCAAACUUAUCGACUUCUCCUAAAAUUUAGAUCUUAACAUUUUAAAGUCGUUGUGACGUGUACCUCAACGUACAUGUUACCAUGGUAACGGAGUUUUAGACUCCUUAGUCUAAACCUCGGUCUGAAUAGGGGUAAGCCAGGCUUUGUAAGUAAAAUUAGGUGCAGCCCUUAUCAAAUUAGAGCCACGCACCUGCUGCAGUGUGUUAUAAAUCAUCAGUGUCUUUGUUUGUUUGUUUUAACAAUUUACUAUUGAGAGAAUCAACAGAUGUCGCGAUGGCUGAUAGUACUGUAAAGCGCAUAUUUUAGGCCAUCUUUUGUAAGUUAUCUCUUUACUCAGUUGCGGAAGAAACAAAUUGUCUUGAUUUCACGAGUAAAAUGCGCGCAAACAUGUUUAAUUUCAGUUCUUGCUGCAUUUACUCUCCAUUGGAGACCAGUUCGAUUUUCUUGAUUCUCGAGGCAUAAAUAGUGCCAGUUUAGUGGUGAAGGCGAAGGUUAACACACUAAGAAAGGAUAGUCCUUUCUUGACACGAAGAUGUUUGAUAACUUUAUCAUAUCUCUCCGUCCAGUUUAAUUCAAAAAAUGGAAUGACUGAGGUGAAAAUAAACUGCUCUUCUUAGGAUAUUCUCUUGAAAGCAAGGAUGAACUGGUUGACGCGCUACCGACGCUAAAGCAGCGAGCCGCUCAAGAUGAUGCUAACAUUUUGUUCAGCGUGGCUAGUGACUUGGCGAAGGUAAAACAAAACUUGACGGUACUGAAUAGUCCAUUUGCGCAAUGAAGUCAUUUUACUACUGCUUCCAGAAUCCUUCAGGGUUUUGCCUUGUGCAAAUUAAGUCUUUUAUAAUUUAACCUUACAGGUGUUACAAAAUUAAGCUUGAAAGUAAAGACGAAAUUGAUUCUGGUAAUACAGUCAAACCUCGCCUCAAGGACACCCGCUUAAUACGGACAGCUCAUUAUUACGUACAGUUUACUUCUCCCUGGGAAGAGAAAUUCCUUCCAUUUUCCCUAAAUUCAACUCGCUUAAUGCGGACACCCUGUUAAUACGAAAACGUUCUAUAGUCCCCUCAGUGUCCGUAUUAACAGGUUUUGACUGUAGUAUGCUGCUUUUUUUUCUUCUCUUCUCUUUCUUUUCUUUUCUCUUUUUAAUGAUGUUUAUUUGCCAUAUUAUCUUGUCUUUUUGUCGGCAGGUUAUUGCAAAGAAACUUCAGAGUGAUUUUUUGUCGUCCUUUGUUAAAACGCUUUUAGAAGGUUUAGCUGAUUGUCAGUCUCACAGUUCCAGUGGUUCAUGUGUGGUGCUUAACAGCAUUGUUAGAAUACGAGGGCAAGAGUUAAGACAAGAUGUAAGUUUUUACAAGCUGUAUUAUCUACUUAAAGGGAGCGUCUACUGUUAAAGAAAAUGUUGCCAAAAUGCUCUAAAAGAUCCCAAAAAUGAGAUUUUUCGCACAUAAAUAUGUUCGUUUACCUUAGGUUUUUUGUCGCUGUUCAAAAGAGGCCUAUACGACGGGUUCGAACUUCGUGCGUCCGCCAUUUUGGUCGGCGCCCAAGGCUCUCUGGGUUAAUGACGUCAGAUGGUUACUCGCCCUGGUUGACUGGACGCAAUAGAGGCAUAUACUGGUUUGGGGGAUUAAGAAACGCGCUUACGACAUUGAACUGACAGCCAACAGUAAAAAGCACGCUUGAUUUUUUCCUCCUCAGUUCACACUAAGCGCAAGAAAGGCAGUUUUGAUUAUUAAUAUCGUUACGUUUAGAUCGUUUCAGCUGAAUUGGCAAACCUUCAUGUAAUACAGGGACGUUUUAUUUCUUUGUUGUGUGUGUUAGAAAGAACAGGUAAAAUAUAAACUCAUUUCCAAAUCGAGAAAAAAACAACUAGACAAAGUGACAUUACAACGUUUGUUUUGAAAAUCUAUUGCAUUUUCAUGACACUAAACCUCAAGACGAUUCUUGAGGCCCGGUUCAGACGCAGGACUUUUCAUGAGCCGAACCUAAUUCGAAUUCAGGCUGAUCCAAAUUAUUUAGACCGGCUGAAUUGAUUCAGACGCCGAUCUUAAUUCCAGCCGAACGAAAUUCAGAAGGAGAAAAAUGCUCAUUUCGGUGAAACAGCUUACAAAAUACGUUAUGACAAUUUAUCCAUUAAGUUCGGUACAUGAAAUGUUCGGCGUCUGAAUCAAAGUCGAUCCAAAGUCGAAAUUCCCGGCUGGGCUAGGCGAGAAGAACGGCUGAGCCGUUCCAAAUUGAAACAGGCGUUCCUAAUUGAUUCAGACGCCGAACUUUUCGUGUACUUAAUUCAAUGUAUUAGGUUCGGCUCAUGAAAAGGUCGGCGUCUGAACCGGCCUAAGUUGGAUGAACACAUACCUAAAAUGAAAGGAUAUCUUUUAGCUCGGUUCGUUGAUCAUCUUUGUGAACAGUAAUUGUUCUCUUUCAGGUUGGUUAUUUAGUUAAGGAAAUUCACGCUAAACUUCAACACAUCACGCACGCUCAAACCAGAACAGGAACUCUUCGAGUUUUCAGAACCUUGGCUUCGCAUCAUUUAGUUCCUGUAAUAACAGCGUUAUUGGAAUUCCCCCUGCCCUAUGACCAGUAAGUAUAAAGUCUUAGAAUAUUUGUCGGAUUCUUCCUUGGUUGUGAACAAGGAUUCGGCUACGUCAACGUACUGUGCACAAAAAAGACAUCAUAGCAACCCUUUAUGAUUAAGAACAAGUAACAAACAUGGUGGGAAUAGAUUCUUAAGUUGAUUAAUAAUUCAUGAGAACAUACAAAGGAAUUUGAAGUUUAGUGAGUGUUUGGAAAUCAGGUGAAAAACUCUUCAUUUUUUAUCCUGUAUUUCUCCUUUUAAAAUCAUUUUGUUUGAGAACCAAUAUCAAACAUUUGACACAGAAUUUCAUCACAAGAUCAAGCACCUCGAGGUUCGUCGAACGUAGUCCACUGCUAAUCGUAUUUUUAACUCUCUUCUCAGAAUUUUAUCUUGUGAUGAAAAGGUGUUUCUCAUAUUUGAUCCAUAACAUUUAAGGUUGUGCGUUUCCCUAGCAUACAUCUUCGGCAUUUCAAUAACGUUUUAACGUAGACUUUUUUAGUAUUCAGUCGUUAAAAGGACUGGAAAUAUGACGCAUUCGGCCCCGAGGCUCCAUUCUAAGUAUACAUAGAAGUUUGCUCCUUUAUUCGCGGGGGUACCCAAAGCCUGUUUUCUGUAAAAUACCUGUUCGGAGAAGAAAAUAUUGUCUAGAAUUUUCUAUUACCUGAGGACGGCUCAAAAUUUCUAGAUGACCGUUCCAUUCAUGUACUAUUUUCGAAGCUCAUCUAAUAAAUUCCCCAAGUUCACAUUUCACUCCCAAGGUUAGAUUUUUCGUGUAGAAAAAAGGAAACCUAAAAUUUUCGGAUUCAAAAAUGGGAUGGAAAGAGGAAUCAGAAAAAUUCUCUCCUUCGUAAUACGUUAAAUUGCAUCUAAAACUUUCGGGAAAAUAAUACAGAAGCCCUUGUAAUUUCGAAAAGACUCAAGUUCCCCUACGAUGACCUAACAGAUACAAAUUUUAUAGCGGUACCUAGAAUGCAUUUCUAGAUAUCUAAAAGUACUCUGGAUAGCCUUAAACGUGUUUUUGGAGGAACCGUCGUUGGGUGCCCCUGUCUUCGGACUGAACGCAUGUCUUUGUGGUCAUUCCAAAAGGAGCUUGAAGGAGGUGUGUCACGACCGUCUAGUUCAUUUUGCCUAUAAUGCCAAUUACACGUCUUUAUUCGCUAUGGAACUUGAGACCUGAUUACUGGUGAAUGACAAAAUUACAGUGUCCUGUCAACAAUUAUGUCUCCUAAGCAUUACAGUAAACGUUAAAAACAACGAAAGCGAACUUUGAAAAACAAUGUGGCUAACUGGAAUUGUAAUCUGUUUCAAUCUUCGUCAAGUUUGUUCAUCCGCGCUUCCUUUUGUAUUUGCUGAUUUCUUCUUUCAUUUUUUGAGUAGUUAUUUUUAUGUUAGAUUCUGUUUGUUCGCAGUUGUACCUGUUUUUAUUUUGACAAACUUCGUGACGCAGUUCCUUUAAGUGGAUUAAUGAUAUAUUCAUCGCCUUUGGGUGUUCUUUGUAACAACCUUAGGAAGUAUUAUGCUCUACGAGUCAUUUGACGAGUGUUCUUAAAAGGCUGGGAAAACGUAACGGUUGUUCACGUGCCUUCGUUCUAAGAGUGGCGUGAAAAAUAUUGCAUUUCUUAGCAUAAAGGUUUAGAGCAUUGAAACGAUAUUUCUACCCUUUUCACAGGCAAGUGAUGAGCAUCUGGAGAACGAUGGCUGGUGAGACAAAUUUGUCUCUGAGCAUCUUUGAUUAUGUGUUGGAUCUAUCGCUGCGAACUCUUCCCUAUCAAGAAAAACCCAAGCCCAAACACAAAAAGGAGAUCAUACGAGUAGCAACUUUACAACCUGUUGCGGUAAGCCCUUGCUUUAACCUGAGAUCAGGCCCAAUUUUAGCGGUUCUCAUACAUUCUCUCUAACGGGUACCGCAAAAAUUGGGGCUCUCUUUUCGUUUCGCCAUGCCCGCCGGAAUGUAAUUUUCAGAGCGAAACGAAAAUAGAGCCUGAUCUCAGGUUACCCUUGCUUCAAAUGAUGGAUUUUGCCUUCUGUUGGCAGAGUAAAGUAGUUUGGAAUCAUUGCAACUUUAUAUUACUCAAAGCUCGCCUGGAUUGUUGGAAGAAAACGUGUGGUAUACUUUUACGACCUGACAUUUUUGCGGAUUUUCUUUUCUUUAUUUUGCCACAAAGGUUAUACAUUGUUGGAGGAGAAAACAUUGAUAUUUGCUUUAAGAGUUGCCUUCUAUUGGUAGUUUUUAUGCCAGAAUCGUGUCUAGGACGGUAAAGUCCUCAACCCGACCUUUUUUGAAAAAAUGGACGUGCGCUUAUGUACUGUAAUAAACCCUCUUAAGUUUCAGUUUAGAAAAUUUUAAUCAUUGUCGGCCUUAAACUUUAACUGAUGAAUGGCUUUCUCUGACAGAUCACUUGCGGCCUGACAGAAAUGUUCCGCUCGGAAGAGACUGGUGAACUUGUGCAGGAGCAUUUCCCGCGUCUUUUUGCCAUGACUCUUUUACGGCUAGGCACAUCAGUGGGCCUCCUGCCACCCGACCCGCCGCAGUCCUCAGGCAAGGACAAACAUAAGGGACCAAAGGUGGAACCCCUUGUGUAAGUGGUCCAAUAAACUCAUAUUUUUGUUUUGUGGGUGUGAAUUGCUUCAUGGAGUUCAGUGUUUGAGUGGGUGAAGAACAAAGUUUCUUACUCGCCAAAAAAAGAUUUCAGGGCUUCAAUUCUCUGAAAAGGAAAGGUAAGAAAUGCCAUAAGCUGGUAUUUCACUCGGUCAAGUGGAAAAUUGUAUCCAUAUCCAUGCAGUCGUACAGUUUCGAAGAAAUAGUCCAGAUUAAGUUCUGGUAGUUCUAGAAGACUAGACUCUUGCACUUUCAGCCAACGAAAGAGGGAAAGAUCAAUUCAUAAAAUAUCACUGAAUUCUUGUUUUUAGGACUGCUUUAGAAUGCAUCAAAGAGCUUCUUGAGAGAUCUAAGUACGAUAAACUUAUGCAGUUGGUUGACCAAGAAAAUGGUUGGACACUGUUCGAAGAUGAUAAAACAUUUCCUGAUGGUGUCGUUGUCAUUGCACGGUAUGUAGUUUACGGCGAUCUUAAAGUCGAUGUCGUAAACCCAAAACCCAAGCAACUUGCGGAAUAAUCAAACAGAUGCAGAUGUUUUAACGAGCUUUUCCAAACUGGAAGCUAAUAAAAGUAGCUGGCGCUGUGCGGACAUCACGCUUUACUUUUGUUUCGCUUGGUUAAAACAACAGUUAAUCAAUCAAUCAAUCAAUCAAUUAAUAAAAUUGUUGCUACUCGAUCUGAUCCCUUGUUAUGUAGGUGUCAUUGGUGUUACUUCCAGUUGUUAUUAUACGUUUCUGGGAAACUACCCAGCUACCCCUCCCCUAAGCCAAAAUUAACACUUACUUCUCACCUAGGGCAAAAUGUUGGCUGAGGAGAGGGGUAGGUGGGCAGUUUCUCAGAAGCGUAGAAUGAUCCGUAGUUUCUUGGCGUUGCGGACGAGUGCAAUCACCAAAGAUGACGUAAUACAAAAUAUUGAAAAGACACUCAACAAUACCCACACCACAACUUAAAAGCGAACUAACAAUAGUUUCCGCAACCCCAAGAAAUACCCAGGAAAGUGGUGCGAGACACUUCAAUACCUUCAAGGCGUGGCACUGCCCAGUCAAAUCGCUCAUUACACGCCCUCUAUGUGGAACAUUCAAAUAGUAAUCCACCAAGAAGGAAAUAGGCCAUUUCAGAUUUCCAAACACUCUCACUUUCAAAACGAGGCUAACUGCAAAACCUUUCUUGCGAAAAUCGCUUUUAUUUGCAUAUUAAUAGCUUCGCACGUGGCCUCAAUAUGAAACAGAGGCUUGUGGCAACUCAGAAAUGGCUUAUUGAUAAGUAAUGAUGUGCUUUCAGGGCCUUUUGCAAGGCUGCUCCGCAGCAGGUUCCCAAAGUCGUUGAACAGUUGAACCCCUCACUUUCCAGUGUCUACGAUGCUCAGAGAAUCGUAGUGGCUGCGUUCUUUGCAGAGGUAUGUAAUCGAGAAGAUUUUUACUUUGUAUUGGAAAUAUCAUGCUUUUACUUUGCAAAAUAUAAACUACGCGGAGCUCAGGGCUCUGGUGGAGGUAUAGUGAUAAAGACACACAGUCUAAUCCAAACUCGAAACAACUGCACACAAUUGAUUUCUAUAGUCCAAGUAAACUUACACUUAUUUCCUUCUUAUUUUCUAGUUAAUUAACCAGAAGUGUGGCGGCAAGGUAGCAGUAGUAGAAAUAUUGAUGAACAGUUUGCUUAGUCGGUUAGUGGACUCGUCACAUGUCGUGCGCAAAUUCUGUAUCAGAGGACUGGGUAACAUCUCCAGUGUAGAAGAUUCCCAGGUAGGAAACGAAACAUCCACUAACCCUCCGUACUGAGACUCAAAUCUAGUCACUUACUUUUUUCCCCUCGGUUAGGAUUUAAUUGUGGGCUUUUAUCAACGUUGGCACAUAAAUUAUGCGAAAUCUUCAGUCCAAUUUGAAGUGUGGUGGAAAUUAAGGCGUAUUUAUACUGAUUUUCGGGUGUCAGUGUGGGAAUUUCGUUGUGUAUCGUUGUCUUCAUUCCAAUUAAAAAAGUAAAUGGGUAAUCUGGAACAAUCGCAACCCAAACCAAAUUAUGGAGAGAUUCUUCUGCCAUCGAACAUAAGGUAUCCAGAGGAAGAACAAUGAACCGUGUGCUUCAUAGUCAGAAUUCAAGUUUUGGGAUUUCUUUGAUUCGGGUAAAACGCGACCUUCAUUCCUUUCGCCAGUUUUUACUAGGCUUAAGCCCCGUGCAAACGGACGCUACAUUUUUGGCGAACAACUCCCAACAGUGUUGGAUUUUACAUGUUGCGUCCGUUUGCACACUCUGUUGCAUGUUGUUGCGCAGAGUUUCAAAGCGGUCAAACUUUUGCGCGGCUCUUUCAACAUGGGGCCACGCACGCGUAGUACACAUGGUCUCCUUCGAGAUUACAAAGUCUUAUGGGUUAUAUUCUUCCCAUAAUGCACUGCGGGUCUUAACAUUGUUGGGAGUUGUUGCUUCAGUUUGCAGACCACUGCCAACACGGACGCAACAUAUCCCAACAUUGUUGGCCCAACAGUGUUCGGAAUUGUUAUGUGCCGAUGAGCUAAAACAAUAGAUUUUUCUUAUUAGCAUUAACUUUGUCACAUGUGAAAUGCGAUUUUUGAACCGGGCCUGAGGUACCUUGAAGACGUUUCUUGGUAUCAGUGUAAUAAUAUUGUCACUCGACCCUAACCAUGUAUAACUCCUUUGGUAUUGUUGAUCAAGUGAAGAGAUUUAGGCUUUAACAAUAAUGGUAGCCGUAGAGUCUUGAUAAGAACUGUUGAAAUAGCGAGACCGGUUUCGGAAAUCUAAGAUGGUUUCCUUCGUCAGUUGCUUUUUAAGGCAAGCAUCUUAGAUCUUACUGCUCAUUUCUUUUUCAGCUGGAGAAAUAUUCAACCACGAUUUUAUCAGCAAUGAUGGCCGGCAUGGACGACAAGGAUGACAUGGAAGAUGAAAUAACCCUGGAAUCUAUGUCAGGUCUGGCUAAAAUCUUGGCUAAGCUGGACGAGAAUAACGUGCGACAGAUACUCAUCAACAUAUGCUUAAGAAUCAGGCCCUGUUUUGAAAAGGUUAGUAGUUAGCUGCGUUGCUAUCGGGCGUCGAUAAAACCAGGAACACGAAACAUUCCGGAACAUCCCGGAAGAUGAAAAAAUAAAAACGUUUUCGUGAAAAAAAUAAAUAGAAUAAAAAAUAUGUACAUAUAUUUUUUAAUAACAACAAAAUAACAUAAAAACGAAAAAUAAAGAAAGAAAGAAAAAGACACAGGUAUCAUCUACGAGUAUGAGAAAACAAUAUUUUGUCGCAAUAAAUUUGUUGGGCGAGUGAUGGUUCAUGCAAAUGACAGUAACGCAUGAAGGCUUGCCUCUAAAAAUUCAAAACAUAUUAACAUUGGACUGGAGGAGGGGGUUCUAGUCAAGCUUUCCUCACAGCCGCCUCUCGUAAUUGUUUCAGUGCCAUGCGGUUUAAUCAUUUGACGGAUACCCAUUUACGGCUUUGCGACCGUAAGAACAGCUUAGGGGCUCGAGGCUUUGGACUUAAUUUAGUAUACAAGAUUCACAUUCGCAGUGAAUACUCUCAGUGGUAGUGGUAGCGCAGUGGUAGAUCCUAACUGUUAUCAGUUAGUUUGAAUUUCAGCCGUCUCCCGGGGUCGCAUGUGAAGUUUGCCUUAAUUAUACGGUCUAAAUCGUACGUCGAACCAGUCUUAGCAGACAAAGUAUAUAUAAAAAAGGGUACAGUGCAUGGUUGCGCGCAGAUAUAGAGUUUGUGUUGAGAUAACGCCUGUGUUACUUUGUUGUACGACACUAGUCAAUUUCCGAAAGUGAAAUUUCCUGUUGUCCGAAAGUUGCACAAACGUUUCCUAUAAUUGUCGAAUGGUUUCGAAGGUUUCCGACGUUUUUCGAGGAGUAUCUGAAGACGUUAAUUGAUUCUGAAGAUGACUACCGCACAGGUUGUCGAAACUUCAGUCACUGUUAACGACAGUCCUAUUCCAGGACCACACCUUUGACUCACCUGGACGAUCAUAGCAGAGACCUCGCAGCGGAGCACCAUGGGUAAGAAAAUUUGGUAAACUAUCCAUCCAAGAAAUUUUGGUUAUGACGUCAGCGUACGUCCGUUCGUACAGACUCUCUUGGUAGUUUGUUUCAAAAGGCUUUAGAAAUGAUUGACGAAUCAGAAUCUGUCAACUGAGCAAAUGUUUGGUGGAUUUCAGGGGCAAACUAUUUGACUUUUGAGGGGUUUAUGGGUGAUUUCAGAGAAACAUAACCUGCAGCCUGACUUCGAAAGGAAAAAAGAAUGCAAAGAAAUUUCUGGGGAAAACAAUAUCCUGCACUGAAAAAAAUAUUACUAAUGACGUAUAAUACUGAAAAAAACGUCUUUCACCGUUAUAUGUGGGGGAAAAAAUUUCUUGCUCCAGAGGUUUGGGAAAAAAUUAUUAUCUCAACUAAAUCACGCAUACACGCCUCCCCCACAAACGUCCAAUGGUCAUGUCAACCAUUUAGAGGGUUGGGGAAGGAACGGAUUUGACACCUUAGUAAAUGUCAUCCAUCAAUGAAAUGGCUGGCGCGCGUUGUCAUGUUGUGGUUUUCAAGACUAAAGUUUUGCAUUUCAAGAUUGAAAAAACGCCGAUGAAAGAUACAGAUGAAAAGAGAAAUUCAAUGGAAUGCUCAGUUUCCUUUUUGUGGACAAACGAAAGCUUUUCGCUAUGAAGUUGUCUUUCGAGGAAUUGAACCUCGUUUCUACACGGCGGAUCGUAGCGCUUGGUUUGUUUUCAACCAAGGCAGCGAGGUUUCUGAAGAAACUUGAGGUACAUUCUGUACUUUAUGGUUAAGGAAGUACGUUUUUAAAAGGGAAUUUUUGUAUUUAUAAAGGUUUCAUGGAAGAUUUCUACAUUUUUACAUCAGCGUGAAUGAAAAACCACAAAAUGUGCAUUUUAAAUUGACUUUUUGCCAUUUGCUCAGCCUAUUUAACUUGCGUGAACGGAUCGACGAUCCAGUUUUUGUUACGCAAAUUGCUUUUUAGGAUUAACUUAUGGGUUUUUUAAUAAAAAGUUUCAAGAAAUUAAGUUAUUUAUCUGUCUCUGCUCAUUCAUAACAUAAGCUCGAAAAACAAUAGUGAGAGUUUUAGAAACACUUCAGACGGGCUACUCCCCUUUCUUGAAUUAAAACUGAAGUGCUGUUUUUGUACAUGUUCCAUUGAUUGCUAUUCAUUUUCUUAUUCAUUUAUACUUGCCAUUCAAGAAUUUUGCAGUGUGUAGAAUUCAAGAAUUUCUGCAGUGUGCAGUGUGCUGCUCUUUUUCCAUAACUCGUGCCCGAAAUACAGCUGAAUACCGCUUGAAUCAAGUUUACUGCGUUUGUUUUCAGUUGUUUGUUUACGGCUUAUUAUUCUCGCUGAAAAAGUGAGCUUAUCUAAAAUAUGAAAGAGUUCUCCUCUAUUCUAACGACUGACUCGUCGGCUUUCCGAUCCCGAGUUUGUCUAUUUUUUUUUUUUUUUAAUGCAAAGUUGUAAGUUGCUGUAGUAACGUUUAUAUUUGAGGUGAAAGAUUGGAUUACAGUUUGUAGCGUAAAAGGUUAUCGUCUGCUUUCCUAAGUCCGUCCUCAAAGAAAAUAUUAUACAACUUACGGUAAAUUUUUUUUUCAGGUAUUGUGAGGUAUAAAUGUAAAGUCUACACAUAACUGUUUGUCUGGACCCAUUAAAAAAAAAAAAGAAGAAGAAAAGAAAAUAUAAUAGGCUUACGGGAAGUCAAAAGUUCCUAAGUCGGCCUGAUUUUCCUUUUAGGACUUGCCUAGAAGACUUGACUAGAAGACUUGCCUAGAAGACUAGACUUGCCUACAAGUCUAGCUCAAAUUUUUUCACGAGCGCGAAGUGCGAGGGGUAGAUUUUUUAUGUUUUCUGCUGCAAAAGCGAGCGAGAGAGCGAGAGCUGGGGCCAACUACCGGAACCGGAAACGAGAAGCGAAGAACUUUGAGAAAGUCUAGGUCUUCCCUUAAAGACAAAAAUACUGACCCUAAAAAUCGUAACCUGUUAAUUGCUGCUAUUGAAGAGACCUACAAUUUCACAAUUUUUUCAACUCAGGUCUGUUUGCAGGAUAUUUUUUCCUUAGUAUAUGCUAAAACAGUGGAUAGUGUUUUUCGCGCGCUCUGAUUGGUUACUCAAUCAGUGAAUAUCCUCCACUAUUCACUGAUUCACCUCCAGUUCCUCCGAGCGAGCGACGUCAAACUCGCGUAAGUUGCGAGCAAAAUGCCUUUCCGGUUUCCGCCGUAAAAAACAAGGAAAUUUCACAACUAAUCAAGCAAGCUGUUCCCGAAAUACACGAAGAAGGUGACAAAGUGCGGUUUGGAAAUUUUAACAGGUGAAGCUUUGUCUUUUUGACUCGAAUUUAUCGAUAAAACCGGUGAAAAAGUUUUUUUGUUUUUAUGCAAAUUAAGCUCAAGUCUUGCGUUACUUUAUUUAGUUGACUUGUUCAUAAAUAAGGUUAAAACUAAAUUUAACUUUAACUUCGGUGAAUAAUUAUAUAUCAAUAGCAGGAUCCCGAGGAAAACUGGAAAAAUGCAGUGUGCUGGAGUAGCCACACACUGAUUAUAAAGGUUUUUUCAUGUCACUUGGACCGAAAUCUCAACGCCUAUUUUAUCAGCAACUUCAUUAGAAUACCAUCAAGCAGCCUUUUCAUAUCAAGCAGAAGUACCAGGAGUCAAAUCCUAGAUAUCGAAUUUAUAUGAACAAGAAAAAUCAUUUUUUUCGGGUUAAUUUGCAACUGCUUAAAUUGCAAUUACCACUGCAAUUUUCAUAUCUUCAGUUAAAUUAUUGUAUUUCCGCAGUUCACAUUAUCUUCAUUAAUAACAGUUUUAGUAAUAACAAUAAUGUAUUUUACAACACUUGAGCUGAAGGCUGGAAUCAAAUUAAAAGGUGAAGAACUACUGUGCGCAGACACACUGUCAUAUGGAUAUGCCUAGGAGAUGAAGGAAAAAUAUAUACUAAAGUGCUGGACGUUUAAAUUCAUUUUGUUAGCCCAAUAACUGACAUCCUUGCCAACCUUGUAGACUGACCCAAGAUUGCGGGUAAUACAGGGAGACAUUGAAGGGAGACAUUCCUUAAGGCAGUGAAAGUCUUCAAGAGGAUCGUGGCAAAAUCGGGGCAAACGGGAGAGCUUCUGAGCACUUGCUCUUAGUGACAUGUUGCAUUUGGAUUCCCUUCCGUCUGAUGACGUAUGAAAUUAUAAAGAAACUGUUCAGAGGCCACGUUUGUACCUCUUUGAACGGGCGGGGUAGAUUAAGUUGGUCAUUCAUCAUGUUCUGUUGUACCUUUUGCGGAGCGAUUUUCGAGGGCUUUACAAAUCGCCGAGAAGUCGGGCAGUGUGUCGCUGCAACCACUACUUUUAGACCUUGGUUUAACGUGCGACGUAAACGAUACAACCACCUCCGUUCUUUGCGCCCAUUUUGUUUAAAAAAUGCGUUUUUCAAUUCCUUUAAAAUUAACUUCAACAUUGCUGAAAUUGUGCUUCAGUACAGUGGAAAUUACAAAGAAAUUCAAACGAGUAUUUUCAUCAUUAUUAUUAUUAAUAACUGGUAAAAAUUAUCGUCCAGAUCUUCUUUUCCUAAUCCAGUCCAAGUGCCUAUAUGUUCCAGAAUUAAUCAUUAUUAUUAUUAUUAUUAUUAUUAUUAUUACUAUUGACUACUUCUAAAAAAACUUUUAGUUCGACAUCCGAAAUGAAGACAGUUGAUAGAACAAGAACGAUGGCGUCGUAAUGGCAACUACUGUGUCCAGCCUGCCUUAUGAAUUUAUGCUAUCAAAGGUUUCGUGACCUCUCGAGAGACAUCGCCUGAUAUUGUGCGACAGAUCGCGUGACGAUUUAAUAUGCAUUGAUUUUGCGUGUGCGGGUAUCAUUUGUUGCUCGACUCAAAGCGGGUGCUUGGGUGUAAAAGUUACGAAAAAGGAGAGAUAUUUUGACUUCUUACCUCGGUUUCACUAAACGAAUAUGUCUAUCGAAACAAACUGGCAAACGACAAGACCCACUAUCAGAGAAAGAGCCAAGUUUAUGCUCAACAACGAUCGAUUUAGCGACGUCAAGUUUGUUGCUGCAAACAGCAAUGGCGAAAGCGAAAGGAAGCGAGUGAUUCCAGCUCACAAAUUCAUACUGGCGAUUGGCAGUCCUGUGUUUGAAGCCAUGUUUUACGGUGAACUGGCGGAGACGAAAGAUACUGUUGAACUGCCUGACUGCGAUUAUGAGAGUCUGUUGGAGUUGUUUCGUUACAUCUACAGCGAUGAAGUGAAUUUGAGCGGAAGUAAUGUGAUGGGAGUGCUUUACUUAGCAAAGAAAUACAUUGUGCCUUCACUCACUGAUAAAUGCACGGAAUAUCUGAAAGAAAAGUUAGAUCCUUCCAAUGUCUUUAGCAUUCUGCCAUCUUCACUGAAAUAUGAAGAGAAAGCCUUGGAAGAUCGAUGCUGGAAAGUGAUCGACAAUCAGACAGAAGCGUCUGUGAAUUCGGAAGGAUUUGAGACAAUUGAGAGGUCUCUACUUGAAGCAAUAGUCGCAAGAGACACUCUGACGAUUAAGGAAGUAGCCUUGUUUAAAGCUGUAGAUAGAUGGGCAACAAAACAAUGCGAGAAGCAAAGUUUAGCAGCAGAAGGUAAAAUAAAAAGACGAUUACUGGGCGAAGAAGCAAUAAAAGCAAUACGCUUUCCUCUGAUGACAAUAGAGGAGUUUGCCACUUUUGUUCCUGAUACCAAUUUAUUAAAUCUUGAUGAAAUCACCGUCUUGUUUAAGUUCUUUGCAAUAAAGACUUCUCCAGUCGCUUUUUCUAAAGUCCCUAGAAGAAAACCUACUCACCGGCUUGGUAGAUUUCAGUCGGUGAGAAUGGAUGGCUGUAGUCGUGGCUCAUAUGGUAGAAGCCACAGCCUUAGCUUUACCGUAGACGGAAACAUUACCCUAAAAGGAAUCUGUUUACUCGGCAGUGAAAAUAACAGCUAUACAGUAACAUUGAACUUGAAUGAAAUCAGUACUGGCAAAACUGUUAUCUCUAAAACAGGAACGUACUCCUCCACACUUUUGCAGUGUAAAGACUUGAGCUAUUACGGAUUUGAAGUUUUGUUUGACUCUACGGGCGCUGAUUUAAGGAAGAACAACAAGUACUGCAUUCAAGCAACAAUAGUUGGCCCACCAUCUGGAAGUGGGGAUAAUUGUUUACUUAAAGGAGAGGAAUCGGGUGUUACUUUUACAUUUCCCGCAGGCAGUCAUGGGCAAUUUUCUGAAUUUCUGUUUUCCGUUUAACUUCCUGUCAACCAGCUAAAUUGUUAAGGUGGUAAGAUAUGAUGGUCUUAAGUACUCUGCGUCGAAUAUACACCGCUACCGCUGAUUAUAAGUCAGACUGCACAACAGCUUCCAAAUUGCUUGUGUGAUAUCCCACAGGUUUGUAAGAGCAAGAACAUGGGGCUACAACACUUGAGGAAGUCCAAAAAAUGUCUGCGUGAGAGGGUACAAACGGCGUGCUACUGCCGUGCCAAACUUAAUUCAUAAAUUAGAAAUACAUUGGAAUACAUUUUAAAAGUUUGUUUUAAACCGCUUUUAUUUUUAAGUUUUGUUUUUCGCAUUAUCAUUAUUAUUAUUAUUAUUAUUAUUAUUAUUAUUAUUAUUAUUAUUAUUCAUUACUAUUUUUCUACAUGUACAAGAAAAAUCAGUUUUACAAAACAGUGUUUCAAGCUCUCAACUCAAUUAGCAGUGAUCAAGAUUGACGAUCCUUCAUGACCACCAUGAUAUCGAUGUAAACACAAAAAGCGCAAAAUGUUCCAACCAGCUUUAAUGCUCAAAAUAAAGCGAGAGACCACAGCACUAUGCAACCCACCAAAAUCUAAUGCAACUGGUGCGGCCUAAAAAGCAAGAAACUCCUAUUUUACUCUUACUCUUCUGAUCAGUAUUACUCCAAAGAUCACGAAAUAUUAAAGCUUGAUUGAAUUUUGAUAAAUUUUGCGACAUAGCUCCUUUAAUAUACUAAUGACUUACUUAAAGCAAUAAAAUUAAUUUUAUUACCAAGAAAUUUUACUUUUAUGGGCCGAUUAUUCAACUGCAGAGAUUUUUAGGAAUUUUUCAAUUCUCUUUUUUUGUGUAAAGCUGUUAACGCUAUACGUAAGUUUAGAGGUCGAUUAUUUUCUUUCGAGGAUAGGGCAGACAGCAACGGUACAGAUGUUAUCAGAGGCCUGAAAUUCUGUUUCCCAUUUAGAUGAGGAGCGCGGUGUACACGGUAUAUCCCGAAACUUUUUUGAAAUUACGAAACGGACAAGCACGUUCAGUGUAAGGGUCGACUGCACAGAAAGACCACAUAAUUGAUACUCAGAAACAAGUCAGAUCGACUUGCGAUGUUGAGGGUAAGGAUUAGUAGGAAUAGGGUGAUGCAAGAGAGAGUCUUCUUCUAGUUUUCGUUGGCAUAUAAUCUAAUCAGUGUAAUUUCGCUAUUAAGCUGAUUUAAGACAUUCGCCAAACUAACACAUCCUACUAUAUUGCGUUCAGCCUUAAAUACCAUAAUAUAGUUGUCUUGGUAGUCGCUGAGGUUGCUCCGAGUGUAGUUUUCUCUCAACUAACUCAAUGAAAAUUGUAAGGCGGAUUUGCCCAUAAAAGAAUUUGGUCUAUGAAAUAGUAGAGAGCAGUUUGCCGUUAAAUGCGCUCAGUUAAAACAAGAUAAGAACGUACCCCUUUUUUCAAUUGAAAGGCGUCUUGGAAAAGAUAUGUUGACAGUUAUUAGCAGUAUCCCAGGGAAGCGGGAAAAAUGCAAUUUGCACGAUUAGCCUCACAUUGAUGGAACACGGCUAUACCUAUACACGCCAGUGUCGUGAUAGUUUUCUGAAAAGUUUGUUAACAGGAGUAUACUGUUGUAAAUAAAACGAAAUAUUUUUUAAUUUUCACUUUUUUGUAGUAAAAAGCAACUUAUAAACUACUGUAACUGUCCCUUUUUAUUUAGUUUAUUCAUAUUUGUUUUAUUAAGAAAAGGGCAAAGAUCCAAAACGAGUAUAGUAUCCGAGAAAUUUUGGUAAUCACGUGACCAUACGCCCGUCCGUCCAUCUGUCCGCACCACAGGGAAACAAAUGUGAAAUGUCAAACUUUCUAGCUAGUGUGGGAGCCUGUAACCUGUGUUUAACUUGAUACUAGACAUCCAUAUUAGAUCAUAUUAUGGUCAAGUGACAGCUGUCAAAACAGGGUAUCCGCUGACCAGUGUUACAUUACCGUAUGGCAAGUUCAGGUGCUAACUCAUAGAGGUCACGUGCUUUUUUAAGUUUUCCGCUGACCGGUUGUUAGCUUUUAAUUGAUCGCAGGUUCAAGUUUAUGUUCUCAGUUCAGUCAUAAAUGGUUUCCCAUUAGGUUAAGUAUAGGUUUGUCGAUUUCUUUGCAAUGGUUUAGUUUAAAGUCCAUUGUGUGAAGUAAAUUUAAAAUGCAUAAACUGGAGCUUCUCUUUUAGCUUUGGCUAAAUCUAUAUAUUAUUCCCCUUAUUUAUGAAAUGACUCCUGGGUUAAAAUUAGUCACUGUUUUUCUAACGUAUGUUAGAACAUAGCCUCCCCGCGAACCUGUAACAUUUGUACUGGCUUCUGUAAUAGCCCACGUUCGAUAUAUUAAGAGAUCUUUAGAUUCUAAGACAAGGACGACAACGAGUACGAGAUUUUCUCAAUACUAAGUGGUAAGCGCGCGUGAACGUGGCGCGUGGCGGGAAAACGUGAUAGCCGUCGGCACUCUACUACGAGUUUUAGCGAGAAUGUCGAAGUGGGGAAAACAAGUUAUCAUUUGUUAGAAUAAAAUCUUUCAAUGGCCCACGUUCGAUACGUUAAAAUUCUAACAUGACUCCGAGCCUUUACGGACAAUUGAGAAAUUUUUCACUACUCCAUUCUCUCGAAGAGACAUUAGCACAAAGAAAACCAAACCAAAUAUAGGCGAAUCUAUGCAGACGUCAUUGUCUACAUUUUUCCUCAUUAGCAUACGACUUAACUCACAGAAGCCGUGGCUCUAUAUAUGAACUAAAUGCAAAAGUUGAAAGAGCUGAUAAAGUUGAGCAAUUUGUGCAAUUUUCAGCUCUUUGCAAGCAAUCUUGAAGGAAAUAAAAAGAACUGCGAAAUUGCUGUGUGGCAAAACAGUUAAUGAGCCAUACAUUCUCUGUAAAAUUUCGGAUUUUUAGAAGAGAAUUUCUCCAAAAACCGUUUGUUGUAUUGGGCUCAAAUUUUCAGAGAUAACUGAAACUGUUAUGCCCUUUCAAUAUUCAGAGUUUUAUUUUAUUAGCGUCAUCAGAUAGUGAUAAGCAUAUGUUAAUGAGGCAAAAAGUGUAAACAAGGAUUCGCUGUAGAAGUAUGACCAUAAAGCCUCGGAGUCAGUUAGAAUAUUAGAGACCUUUAGAUUCAAGGACGAGAACGACUACGAGUACGAGAUUUGACUUAUUUUUUCGUGUAUUCUCAAAAUAUAGACUCCCCGGAAAGCUUCAUUUUACGAUUUAUCGCUAGAAAAGUUAGCACUGUUACCUUUAGUGAAGAAGGUUACACCCUUUCCCCAUCGCAAAAUGAUAAAUCUUCAGGAUAAUUAUACGUUUCUGGUAAACUGCCCACCUACCCCUCCCCUAAGCCAACAUUUUGCCCUAAGUGAUAAGUAAGUGUUAAUGGUGGCUUAGGGGAGGGGUAGGUGGGCAGUUUCCCAGAAACGUAGAAUGAUCCCAAAAACGUGCGAGUUUGUAAUGAAAGUCUUGCUAUUUUUUGUACAGGACAAAGAUGCAGUGCGGGCCGCCGCAUUUACCUUAUUUGGCAAGCUGUCUCGUUUUGGUGGCGGUCCUUCAAAAGCGCCGUUCCUCGAGCAAGUUCACACAAACUUGAUAAGUGUUCUGUUACACCUGAAUGAAGAGGAUGACGUCAUUAAGGUAACUGGUGUAACAUGUUAACCAUAGGAUUUGCUUCGAAUUUGCUAUGACAGUUACUAGUUUACUGGUCACUGAAAAUGCUGGAAAGAGUGGCCUGUGGAAGCCACAGAACUUCCAGUAAUAUUUUGUUCUGUAUGUUGCACAACUGCUUAUAUUACUGUAGUCAAGAGGUCUUUUACUUUACAAAGGUAGUCCGUAGCAUCCCCCUGUUGUUCAAAAGUUGGAUAGCGCUACCCAACGGAUAAAUUACCAUUCAGUGGACAAGUGUUAGGAAACCCAGUUUCGUUUUCCAGUGGAUAGUAACUUAUCCUGUUCUUAGCGUUAUCUUCCUUUUGAAUAACUGGGGCCAGCUCUUCUUCCUCGUUGUGUGUCGAAUUUCUCUGAAAUAGCGGUGUCGCUGUUGACCGCACUUAUAGGGUAAGGCUAUCAAGAAAGAAACAAUGUCGAUCAAUUCUUAUCUGCAAAUUAAGUUAUGGGGAUUUCCGCUGUAACAGUACUUCUCGUAUAACGGAACUGAGAAGUGACUGAGGUAUCAUUUGUAUUAGGUUCUGUUUGCAGUCAGCGCCCAUUUAGUCGCUGUAUUCAGCCUACUGCUUAACUUGUGAAGCUUUCAUUUCUUAGGCGUGUAAAGGAUGUUUACGAUCAAUAGCUCCACUAAUGGGCUCAGACUCUGUGAACCAGAUGUUCCAGAAACAUUUACUAGAAGAAGGGCACCUUCAUUACGGCGAGUUCAUGAAUGACCUCUCCAGACUGAUUGUAAGUGUUGUUUUGUAGUGGAGCUCCACGCGCGAAGCGCGCGAGCGCGAGGGCGAAGCCACAUAGCUAAGAAAAUUUAUCAUAGUGUAAUGUAAACUAAAGCAAUUUCAUGUGAUUGACUCUCAAAUCAAGUUUUACUCUCUUACCAAGACUAGCUUUGACGUGCUCAGCGUGUUGACUUUUUGCGACUUACACAGUCGGGCGAAAUAAUUCUUUUGUUUUGCCUUAUUUAUACAAGGCUGUUUUAGUAUUUCCGAGGCCCCCUGCGGGUAGAAACCCUGAAAGUAGUACACACGGGGGUGGGGGCGGGGAGACAAUCGUGCAGUAACCUAUUUCAUCAAGUUUAUGCCCUAAGUGACCCUGAGGAAAGCCUUAUCUUGACAAUGAUGUGGAUCUCGUUCAAAGAUCACGCGGUCAUUUUCCUUGUAAUCUUUUUUUUUUUACUAUUUUUCCCCAGAUUGUUGAUUUCGCGGAUAAAAUUAGUUUUUACGUCAUGGGCUGCGUGUCCUUCUUCAAGAGUUCUCGAGAUGAUAUCAAAGCGAACGCCGCUUUAUUUACUGGUAAGGUGACAGAAUUGCGCGUACUCCUACCGAAAUUCAGGUUUCCUUCCUUUGUUUUUGUUACUCAGUCAUUGUGUUUGAUAUUUUUAGGUUUUAUUCUCGGUAACUUGCCAAAGGAAAGAAGAAAUGAAAUAUCUAAAGACCACGUUUGUGGAGGUAAGAUUUUCUUUUCCUCCAUAAUAUCGUUACAGGUUUUUAGCAAGACAUUGAAGGCUGGCUGUCCAGAAGGCAUGUUUUCCCAUAAAAUUAUAAGAGAUUAAGUGAAUUUUCCUUGUAAUUUAUGCAAAAAUGGUCGUCCAUAGGACGGCUGGACACCCUUCUGGCUAAAACCUUGUGUCGUUAUGCCUUCUCGUCAGCUCAGUUGGUAGAGCAAAAGCUUGUAGAGUUGGCACCUUGCGAGCAGAGUUUCCUUUUGUCUUCUUCUUGAUCGAGUAGGUGAAAAGUAGGCUUCCUGGAUCGUGUCAAGUUUUUGAAGCCGCCGCAGCCCAAACUUCUGAACUAGUCAAUCUUGUUUUCUCUAAUCAAACUGGUUUUUCGAGUGCAAGCAUCCGUUAUUGUUAAACCGCUGGUCAUAACUACGACCGCUGUACCGAGCGCAUGGCUGUUAGGCCUGGGGUCGAAACUGUAUCCUAGCAGCAAGCAGCGCGCUUGCUCAACAAAGAUCUUACUCGAAUCAUGCAGUCUUUCUCAAGUGAACGUCAUAGGUUCUUACGCCAGCCUGUCAAUACGUAAGAUCUCAAAUCAAUCGAGGAGCUUGCCACCUUUGCUUCAAACGUUGAGAUCUAUAUGUGAUUUUUACAUCAUUUAAAAUCGGCUGGAGUGCCGAGAAGCGCCUGUGAUAGACAAGGAAAACACACCAAAAAAAACCGCCACAUUUAUGAAAGAUAAAUACAGAAGAACAUAUGUACGUUAAAUACGUUCAUCAUUCCUAGCUUGAUCUAUCCAUUCAUGAUCCCUGUGAGUUAUCAGAUUCUUGUAGUGCCAGUCCUUGUUCAUUUCUUCCUUCUGGUAACAGAUCCCCUGUCGAGAGCACAUCUUCACCCGGUGUAAUGAAUAGCGCCUCAGGGAAGUAAUGCUUGACCACGUUGUGACAAUAGUUACUCCGCUAUGACUGAGUGAAUUGCAACGCGCUUAUCGGUGGAUUGUAGUGUAUACCCUAUACCAGAAAGAAUACAGCCAACCAGAGAGCUAGAAAGGCAUCCAUGUAUAAGGUCAAUCUGAAUCACGAACGAAGUUUUUUCACAUGUGGCGAGAAUCAUAUGUUCAAUCAAAAGCCACAGCGUUGCUUGAGUUUCGCGCCAAGUUUGCCGCCAUUUAUAGGUUGCACUUGUCACAACCACUCAACCAGGAAGUUUGUUGAGUCCAUAAAGGAGAGUCCGUCUCGUAAAAAAGCGAACAACAGUCCGGAAACUGGAAUGAAAUAGAAUAACUCCGUUUAUGUCAUUGUCGUUGAGGAAAAUUGUAGAGAGCUUGCGUAACAACAGUAGAAAGGGAAAAAAAAAACAAGCCUGAGUUGUACUUUUAAUGAGAAGCAUUUUAAUAGGAAUCUCACUUGUUCGAUUUCUGAUACGUCAAGAACUCGUGCGUAGAAUCCCGUACCGACUUUCUAAGAAGUAUUCAAUGUACAGCCCGUAGAAAUGACAUAUUGUUGAUGGAUAUUUGUUUUGUCUUUAUCUCUCUCGCGCGCCGGAAUCACGAAGAAACUUCGCCGGAAAUUGACAUUUAAAACUUUCAAUAUUAUUGUACAAAAAUUAAAAAGGGGAGGUCAGUUUUCCAUAGUCUCUACUCUCGUCGAACAAGGAAAUGUCAUGUUCUAAACACUGUGGUGUUGAACAUUUUGAUGUUUUUUUUUCUAUGCUGUAUAACAGUAUAGAGGAAAAAACGUUGUCUAUUUCGUAAGUAACCACGUUUGAAAAACUUUGACACAUCUUUCUCCUUCUUUCAGCUCUAAUUCUUCAGUUGAAAGACCCUUCACCCCGAGUGCGAUGUAAAGCCGCCGAAGCAAUGAGCCUGCUUUACGACUACUGAAAACUUAAUACUAAAUAUUACAGACUAAACCUGUACGUGAAAAGAGAUUAAUUCAAAAAGUCUGGACCUACGGUCAAGCUUCCUUGACGCCUUCCCCGGGAUAGUUUGCGGUGAAUUUCUCUCGGCUACUAUAACAAGAGAGCAUAGUAAAUUCCAAAGGGACUAAAAUCACUCCUUAGAAAUCUUCCUGGUAAAGGGAAGCAUAACAAUAACCUUUAUUUGAAGUUAGAUGAUUUAAGGGUAAAUAACUCCAACCCCCAUCCUUCCUCCCGGGAAAAGAACAUACAUUGUACUCACUGUCUGUAAUUCUGUUGGCUGAGAGCUUACAGUUAACUUCAGUACAUCAGCAUACCCAUAGGGUCUACAGUUGAUUCACUAACCUGCUAUCAGGUAGGUGAUUAAUCUGUAUCAAGUUUGUUGGAUGCGGAAGCAAUGUAUGAUUUACAUUUCUGUUCUUUUACUCUGUUCCUUUUCGCAUUAGCCAGAAAGAGCGGUAGUUUUAAAAUAGAGUUUAGUCUUGGUAAAGUGUCCCGCCUUCAUAUAGUUGAAUUUUGUGUUUGUUUACUCUAAAACAGAGUUGAGGUUCGUAGACCUUUGAAAAAAGAAUCCAAGAAAAGCUUUAAUCUUUUUUUUUUGGUAGAAAGAUUUCUAUUGCUGGCUCGAAAUGAUUGCCUUAGACAGUAGGAACUGAUAGUCACAUCUAAAUAGUCAUUUUUUAAAAAAAUUGUAAAAAAUAACAAAGGUUGAAAAUUGGGUUCACAGAAAUAUGGUAAGUUUACAAAAAAUAAAUAAAAUAAAAAAAGAUUCCUAUAAGACAUCGAAUACUUUACCAAGUUGUCUACAAUAAUGGAAAGAUUUUCUUACGUCCAUCUUCAAUUUAUUCGGAUCAAAAAUCCUUUUUCACAUAUACUAAAAUGAGGCGGUAGCUUUGCUUUUCGUUACUUUACUUCCUCUUCUUUUUCAAUUAGUUUGCUGUUACUUUUCUUUCUUUCGCUUCGGUGCUUUGUUUUCUCAUUAGGUCAUUUCAUAUUUUCAAGGGAAUCAGCCUUUUCUUUGUUUUUUUAUUAUUAUUAUUACUAUUUGAAUGUAAAUGUAAUGAAAUUUCGUCCGUUCUGUAAAGUUCUAUCAAUAGACCUUUUCACCGAUAUAUUGAAUUAAUUCGAUUUAAGGAGUAUUAUAGGAUGCCCAGGGGGCAUGAGCACAUUUUGUUUGUUUGUACGAGC